AUGCUGGCCUGGUUCAAGAGCCUCUUCGACGGGCCCGACAAGAAAAAGAAGCGCCGAAACCGUGCAUAUCAGAAACGCGUGCGAGAACGUGAACGUCAACUACGAAAGAAGCUUCUAGGCGAAGAAAACGUGAAUACGACGUUUUACUUCAAGCCGUACGGAUCUCCGACAGUAAGAGGCGGAAGAGCUACUUGA